AUGUCCAUUAUGUCCAGGGAUGACUGGGCAAGUAUUCUGGCUCCUGACGAUGCAGUAAGUCUGCAAGCAUCAGGGCUGGUCAGCCCUCCUCUGUCUGAUGGUACCCGUCGAAUCCAUAAACGACGCUUGAAUCGAUCCAGCGACGAAGAAGAACAACAUCUCCCACUGACCCCCGCAUCAACCGCCUCAAGCUCCGAUUCCUUUGUCAGUAUCCCGGAGGACCUGAUAUCUGUUGCCACCCUUGAGCAUCUAGGGUACAAUUCGGAAACAGCAGCCCGAAUUUGGGAGUCUUGGAUGAGCUGGCACUCUGGGGAACCCGGGAGAGAGCCCGCUGACAAGUACCAUGAUGUACCGUUUAUCGAGGUCGCUGAAGGUUAUGUGGAUUACUCCAUCGAUACCUGCGAAGAUAAUGAUGGCCGAUGGUUGCACUGUAUGGCCUCUUAUGGGGUCAACAGCGAGCUCCAGGAGGCGAUUAUGGACCCCAAGUUUCGGCACAUCCGCCUAACCGAAACUUGUAAGUUCUGGGUUCAAGAUACUAUUCGGUUACGGUACCGGGGGCUACAGGCGGUACAAGAAACAUCUCGUGAGCGUGACAUGGCUCGUCAGCGGGAAGCUUCCAGACCUGGACAAAGCAGGUCUAUUGGUUCUGGACGACGAUCGAUCUCGGAAUCUUUAAGGAUGGUCCCUUGGUUAGCACACGAAACUGCUUUAUCUCCCGCUGUAAUAAGUGCAGCUGCAAAUGCACCGGGGUAUACGACUCUAUACAAGGGUAUUGACCAAGCUCAGAUUGAUCGCUUAUUCGGCAAUGAUGGUAGCGUUGACUUUGCAUGUCUUACCUCCGCGCCACCUACUGAUUUCUCGGGACGACAUGCAGAUAUCUACUUCGCUGUUGAGCGAGAAGUGGCCGAAUAUUAUACCUGCUAUGCUAAACGCCGCAGCGUGUGUAGCGCGACUGUCAUUAUUCACAUCACCAUCCCGAACUCGGUUCUGGAGUCUCUCCCUGCACCCGAUAUCCAGCGUAUUUAUUGGCCUAGCGCAGAGUGGAAGUCGCUUAUCUUAACUUGUCGACGAAGGGAAAAGGUCCCGUCUAAUCUCCGCAAGUAUCAACUGGCGAAGCUUGUGAUUGGCACCAUUUGUGGCAAACCGACCUAUGUUUUCGGCAAUAUGCAAUCUCCAGAUGAAGUCACGGAGAGGAUGGUUCUUAAAACUAAAGAUGGACGUAACGCCGUCCAGUUCGUUUUCAAAGGGGACGAUGGAGAUACUUUGUUGGAGGAGUCCAGCAACGUUGCGGUCUUCCCUCUGACGACACGGGAGUUUGAGAAUUGGCGUGACACUGUCUAG